AUGUUGAGGAGUGAGGAUGUGUCUGUGCGGGUGGCAGAGGUUCUGCUGCUGACCCGGCCGUGUCGUCCGGCUGAGGAGCAGAGGGAGAAUCCAGGAGAUCGUUACUGUGAUGAACUCUUAAAGAUGUCUUCACAAGUCAAGUCCGAGAACACGCUCAACGGCACGCUGGAGUGCCACGCCUACCUCUGCUCCAAGAGGAAAGUGGUGAGUGAUCUACAGGCAGUUAGAAAAGCAUCUGCCUUUGCUUUCACAGUUCUGGUCGCUCAGACUUUGACCUCCUUCAGUAAAGAAAUCAUGUCCUACAUCCUUAAGAGGAUCCUGCAGCUGGAUGUCACUGGUGCUGAUGAGCCCCCCCCCUCUCGGUUACAAAGCCUGUUUUUUCCCGCCCCUUCUCUCCAGGCUCAGGCGGUGGCUUUGACAGUAGCGCAGGCCUUCACUGUAGCCUUCGAGCUCUGGCAAGCGGGCGGAGAAGGGAUCUUGACCUGCUCAUGCGGGGCCCUGGUGCUCCGUGCUGUUUGUUUUCUAGAGAAAGGUCAGCGAGGGCAGUGUGGUUCUGCUGGAGAUGCGGGCAGCAGCUCCCACUCAGAGAGGUCCAACAGCUUCGGGAGCCUCAAAGAGAUAGAUGCGGUCACAGAGAGCCUUCUGGACCUGGAGGAGCGUGGGAGCGGAGGCCAGCACCAGCUGGAUGACCACUGGCUGCCCCAGACCAACAACAGUCCUGCCAGGGUAGCUCUUCCUCCCUCUCUGCUGGCCUUGGCUCACUACACCGGAGGCUUUUUGGUUCAGUUUCAUUCAUCAGAGGAAAUGGAGGACAGUUUGGAUGAGGCCUUUUCCAGACUGGCAGUGUCACGUACUGACCCCCAGGUCCUGGACGCUGGGCUGAUGCCCCUGGACUGGCUCAGGGAGCCCGACUGGGGGCGCAGCAGCGGGGACGGGCCCGGCAGCUUCGGCUGCUACCACCGUGACCUCUGA